GAGCUCGCGGCUGCCCGCGCGGUGGUUCUCUCCUACCGCCCUUCCUGCCUUCGUCGGUGGGACGUGCGGCGGUGGGGGCGCGGCUUGGCGGGAACUGGAGAAGGGCGUGUUGAGCCUCGAGUCUUGGCGACCCCGGUCCUGCACAAGCCCCGCUGCCGAGGUCUGGAAGUGGCGGGGCCCUGCGAAGUUGCGAUGAAGCCCGGCGUGGAGGACCAGGCGGUGCCCGCGGGGGGCCCCUGGGAAGAGUGCUUCGAGGCGGCGGUGCAGCUGGCGCUGCGAGCCGGACAGAUCAUUAGAAAAGCCCUCACUGAAGAAAAACAUGUCUCAACAAAAACAUCUGCUGCAGAUCUUGUGACAGAAACAGAUCACCUCGUGGAAGAUUUAAUUAUUUCUGAGUUGCGAAAGCGGUUUCCCUCACACAGGUUCAUUGCAGAAGAGUCCACAGCCUCUGGGGCCAAGUGUGUGCUCACCUCCAGCCCGACCUGGAUCAUCGAUCCUAUCGAUGGCACCUGCAACUUUGUGCAUAGAUUCCCCACCGUAGCAGUUAGCAUUGGAUUUGCCGUUCACCAAGAGCUGGAAUUUGGAGUGAUUCACCACUGCACAGAGGAGCGACUGUACACAGGCCGGAGGGGCCAGGGUGCCUUCUGCAAUGGCCAGCGCCUCCGAGUCUCCGGGGAGACAGAUCUCUCCAAGGCAUUGGUUCUGACGGAAAUUGGGCCCAAACGUGAUCCCACCACUCUGUCACUGUUCUUGAGCAACAUGGAGCGUCUGCUUCACGCGAAGGCUCAUGGAGUCCGAGUGAUUGGCAGCUCCACCUUGGCACUCUGCCACCUGGCCUCUGGGGCUGCGGAUGCCUAUUACCAGUUUGGCCUGCACUGCUGGGACCUGGCAGCUGCUACAGUGAUCAUUAGAGAAGCGGGAGGCAUCGUGAUGGACACCUCAGGUGGACCCUUCGACCUCAUGUCCUGCAGAGUGGUUGCUGCCGGCACCCGGGAGAUGGCGAUGCUCAUAGCUCAGGCCUUACAGACUAUUAACUAUGGGCGGGAUGACGAGAAGUGAGCCAUGCAAUGCGUAAUGAGUACCCAAGGGCUUUCCUGGGAGGCUGCAGGUGGCAGCAGUUCCUGGAAGGGAACUGUCUCAGUGGCCAGUGCUCUGGGACAGGUGUCUUGCUACUGCUCCCAGACUGAUGUCUCUCUAUGCUUAAGGGAGUGCUAAAGUAUGUGGCUCACUUUUU